AUGGAUUCAGAUGCAUCAUUUUCCAGUACCGAUUUGGACCCCCUUUAUAUGCGCCCUCGAGAGGAUUAUCAACCUCCAUCUGAUACAGGCAGCGGUACGAUCCAUAUAUGGACGGAUGAAGAAGAAUACUUGACUGAGAGGCGAGAGAGGCUUGAUGAGCUAUCCACUGAAGCAAGCGCAUCCAUAGGUGGUAGCGAGAUGGCGUCAUCGGAUGACCUCUUUGCAACCGAUCUCUCAUCCCUUGUUGAUGAUGCUGAUGCUGAUGAUGAACAUAGUAGUAAUAGUAGUAAUAGCAGCAGUAGUAGUAGCACGGAUAUGUCUUCUUUAUCGCAUGUUGUGUAUGUGCAUUCCUAA